UUGAAGGUCCAAACUGCAGUUUUCUAAGGGCUCUACACGAUCCCAGCCAAGGAAUAAGUGUCUUAUCUAGUGAAACAAAAUUGUCAUUUUCUCAAAAAUAAAAAAUAAUUAAAAUGUAUAUAUUUUUUAAACUCAAAUGCCUGUCUUGCACUAACUCUGCAAUGUGCGUACACAACUUCACGCUUUACAAAAUCACGUUGGAAAGGUUACACGUGGUUAUUUCUUUGUCUGUGUUCAAAAAGGUAGGGUAGUGCAAAAAAACUCUCAUUUUCUCCUCCAACUUCAAAAUCAUCUGACAUCACUGUUUUACCUUUUUUUUUUUUGUAAAAGGGCGUUUGACUCCCUUGAGUCUUUGCACAUUCAUGUAGAUCCCUUUGAAGCUGCAAACUGCAAUUUGGACCUUUGGAUGUUGAUCCCCAUUGAAGUCCACUAUAUGGAGAAAAAUCCUGGAAAGUUUUCCUCAAAAUCCUUAAUUUCUUUUUAACUGAAGAAAGCAAUUUAUUUUUCAGUUAGUUAUCUCCAAACAAGGACAAAAUCAGAUCUUCCUGCGCUUCAUAUCUGUAAUAUAUCAUGAAGUCAGCAUCUAAAAGGUUACGUGGUGUUUUGUAUACAAAUUGUCAAGUGACCUCCUAAGCCUGUUUUAUUUGUAGGCCAGUUUCUGCCCACUGCAUAUUUGUCAAAAAAUAGAAUAUCUAAAUACACUGAGCUCAAGAUAGAAAUGUGUCAUGUUUCUGCAAGGGGAUUUCUGCAAGCAUAUUUAUGUACAGUGUGCUAGAUAACAGUGAGACAAAUGACACAGAUAGGUGUUUUUAUUUGAUGUUUUUGUGCUGGCUUCUGUGCAAUUAAUCUUGCUUCUGUUCUUUAAAAGCACACAGCCUUUCAGGUAUUACGUGUCAGAUGGCUCCAUGAGAAUGCAAGUCUCUACAGUAGCUUUAAUUCAUGGUUAUUUAGAAUUCUGUUUUGACUGUCCAAGAGCUGAUCAAAGACCUAUUCUUGGUAUUGUCAAGCUGCUGUGCUUUUGGAUUUCAGUCAGUAGUGUGGUGUGAACACUAAAUCCCCGCAUCGCAGAAGUGCUCAGCAUUCUUUCCCUAUAAGACAUUGGACUAGUCUGUAACCACAUGAAAUAAAAAUACUUUGAGGCACUGAACAAAAGGCAAUAAAAUGUGGAAAGAAGAUAGCUUAUGGCAAGUUCAAGUGGUUAUUAGGUUAAAUCAUAUAUAUUUUGAAUGCAUUUUUUAAAUUGUCAGCAUAUUUAAGCUCAAAGCAAAGAAUUAUUUUUUCAGGAUGAAUUACUUAUGCUGCAGUCCUCAUUUACAGACUCUUUAGGUAAAAGGAAGAGUUUUCAAGAGCUGGAUGUUGCAAUCUAAUACUAUAGUUCAGUUGGUGUGUGCUUUGUAAAGCUGCUAUUUUGUGUCCUCUAUCGUCUCUAGGCAGCCUCUCAAAGCAAAGUUUCCCCUGAUAGAAGAGGUCUAAAAUUAGUGAGCCCCUAUGACUGUCUUGGCCUAGUGUGUCAGAUUCCAUUCACAGACUCCGUCUAUCCUAUCGCAGCACCUGCUCCUAGCUGUAACACCCUAUUAAGCUUGGUAGAGACAUGCACCUAUGUCCAAGCAUGAUUAAAAAAGCUUCAGGUCAGGUUCAUCUUGUCCUUUUUUUGUGCAUGCUUGUGUCUCUUUUUUUAAAAAAAAAAAAAAGUGGUGUCAAUUAAUAUUUGAAAUAGUCAGGCUCUGUGAGCUCAGACAGGGCUAACGAUACAGGAGUCGUAGCUUUUUUUUUUGGACUUAGCGUGAGGGGCUGGACAUAUCUGUGCACUGAGUGGCCUGUUGCGAUGAAGGGUCAGUUUGGCACUCACAGGAAACCUGGACCCCCCAGUUGGAGCCUCAUUCACAGCUCAUGGUACAGUGCAUAACUGUCCCCUGUGAAUGUUCUCUGGAGGGGCUGUUUCAUUCAAACUGGCCACAUGGAAAACAGCAGAAAAAGGUCUGACAGCAUUCAACAAGUGAUGAAUGACCAGUUCAGGCAUUUAUAAAAGGCUCAUGUGUCACAACCCAAUGUCUUUGGUAUCUGAAGUGAAGAAAUGGAGCGCUGGGUUCUAGAGGGUGACAGCUACUCGUUUCUUCGCAGUGCUCCACACACGUUCAACCUGCAAAGUCGUGAAGGGCCAAAUCGUGUGGAGAUCUUUGACAUCACUUCGAUCCCCAGCCAUCGUAAUGCCAUAUCUGAAACAACCUGCCUGUGUGACAUUUUUGGGGAUGAUGGCGAAUCCCCAUCACUUUCCAGUAGCCCAGCCUCUGCCACAUUUGUCAGGAGGGAAGUGGAUCCGUCUUUUUCAGUAGAUGAUGCCAAUGACUCUUUAGGAUCUUAUCACACUGCCAAUGGAUCUGACUUGAGCGACAACGCUGAAGUCACUUACAAUACACCUUCUCCAGAAAAUAUACAGGAUUUUUCCACAUCUGAGACGAGGGAAUCACAUUCACCACCAGUUAAAUCAACCAUCUUGUCUGAUUCCAAGAAUGGACUUAACCCUCUAGACCGCAUACCACCUGUAUCCAAAGUCAAUGGUAAUGACCUUUCACAUACAGAUAACUGGGCAGAACCCCAAGUGUCACUAAACACUGCUCCAGUAAAUGAAACGGGAAUCACAAAUGCAUCUGAACCACAGUAUGUGAAUCCAACACCAGCUACCACCCUGAUUAAUCCAGCAAAAGAACCUUCUAAUCCUACAUCCUGCCCUUCGGAGGAGAAAGAACCUUCUGUUUUGGAGCAAGGAAUUAUUACAACACCUCAACUUACAAGUACAAGCCCAUUUUUGAAUAAACAAAUAUUUGAGUCAGACUGUGAAUCCUUGGGAGCAUCUCCACUUGAACAAAAUAAUGUAGUGUCUUCUGAGAAUGAAGAGAGUAUGAACUGUCAUAGUUCUCGAGAGCAAAACAAUCUCUUUGUGCAAGGGAUGGGUAACAGUGGCUCUGCAUCAGAACUUUCAAACCCUUCUCCAACAGAUUGCAGCCCUAUGCAAGAAAUGUCUACUUCCCCUUCAAACAGAGAUAUUCAUUUUCUACCCAUACCCAGUGUCGUGCAAGAGGCCAGAUUAACCCCCACCUCCCCUGUAAGCAGGGAAACUACCUCCACACCUGCAUCCAUAGGUAGAUCUUCACCUGAGCUGCUGAAUUUGUGUCCAACUCAAAUAAGGAAUACAUCGGAGACUCCAGACUUGGAGGACACUUAUGAUGCUACUUUAUCUGUUUCUACACUUCCUACCAGUGAUAAUGUGAAAAUAGAUUCCCUAGCUGUGUCUGCCAUUUGUACUGAGACAAGAGGACCGGUAUAUUCAUCCAUAGAUGGUAGAGAAGAACUGGAAUCACCUGAGAUCAAUGAAACCUGCUCUUCUCCUGAUCACUCAGCACCUGCUUACUCACAAGAACCAGUAUUGAUUCACUCCCCUGUGGGUUACUCCAUCAGCCCAUCACCUACAAAUGAGAGAAUAGUUUCUUCUGUUGAACCUGAAGACUCACCAUUCUCCCCUGUAUCAUCUGAAAUCAAUGAAACCUGCUCUUCUCAUAAUCACUCAGCACCUGCUCACUCACCAGAACAAGUACUGAUUUACUCCCCUGUGGGUUACACCAUCAGCCCAUCACCUACAUAUGAGAAAAUACCUUCUUCAGUUCAACCUGAAGACUCACCAUCCUUCACUGUGUCACCUGAGAUCAAUGAAACCUGCUCUUCUCCUGAUCACUCAGCACCUGCUCACUCACCAGAACCAGUACUGAUUUACUCCCCUGUGGGUUACACCAUCAGCCCAUCACCUACAUAUGAUAAAAUACCUUCUUCAGUUCAACCUGAAGAAUCACCAUCCUCCCCUGUAUCACCUGAGAUAAACGACACCUGCUCUUCACCUCAUCACUCAGCACUUGCUCACUCACCAGAACAAGUAAUGAUUCACUCUCCAAUGGGUUACACCAUCAGCCCAUCACCUACAAAUGAGAGAAUAGUUUCUUCUGUUGAACCUGAAGACUCACCAUCCUCCGCUGUAUCACCUGAAAUCAAUGAAACCUGCUCUUCUCGUAAUCACCCAGCACCUGCUCACUCACCAGAACAAGUACUGAUUUACUCCCCUGUGGGUUACACCAUCAGCCCAUCACCUACAUAUGAGAAAAUACCUUCUUCAGUUCAACCUGAGAACUCACCAUCCUCCCCUGUAUCACCUGAGAUGAACGAAACCUGCUCUUCACCUCAUCACUCAGCACUUGCUCACUCACCAGAACAAGUAAUGAUUCACUCUCCAAUGGGUUACACCAUCAGCCCAUCACCUACCUGUGAGAAAAUAGUUUCUUCAGUUCAACCUGAAGACUCACCAUCCUCCCCUGUAUCACCUGAGAUAAACGAAACCUGCUCUUCUCCUCAUCACCCAGCACCUGCUCACUCACCAGAACAAGUAAUGAUUCACUCUCCUAUGGGUUACACCAUCAGCCCAUCACCUACAAAUGAGAGAAGAGUUUCUUUAACUGAACCAGAAGACUCACCAUCCUUCCCUGUAGUCACAAGGAUUGAUUACAGUGAUAUCUGCUCCUCUCCUGAUCACUCAGAGCCAGUAAUCAUUCACUCAUCUCCAUGUUACAACAUCAGUUCAUCACCUAUAAAUGAGAGAGGGGUUUAUUCAACUGAACCUGAAGCCUCAACAUCCUCCCCCUGCGGACACAGUGAUAUCCACUCCUUUUCUGAUCAAUCCUUUGCAGCUCACUCACCAGAACCUGAACUAUUUCACACACCGAUGGGUUAUACCAUCAGCCCAUCUCCUACAAAUAAGAGAAUGUUUGUUUCAGUGAAGCCUGAUGACCUACCAUCCUCCCUUGACAUCACAGGAACUGAUUACACAGCAACACCGACAUGCAGUAGAGAUUCCACGCCUGCAUUAAGGAGUAUUACCUCCACUCCAAACAGCAGAGAAAAUUACCUUACACCAGAGCUCAAUUCCCCAGCCCCUUCACUGGAAUUGAGAUCAGUCACCUACUCACCUGAAAUCAAAUCAAUAUCAUAUAGUGUUAUGCCACAAAAUUCAAAAUCUCCUGGCAUCACAUAUAACGUUACACCAACCGAAGGUUUAGCACAAUCACCUACAGUAGAGACAAAUGUCUGUGAUAACUCUUUGGAAACUUCCAGCUAUCUUUUUGGAAAUGACACCACUGUCUCAGUUAGCUCAAGGAACUUUUUGUCAACACCAGAGAGAAGAUCAAGGCCUUCAUCAGCUGCAUCAGACCAUACCAAACAUACAUCACUAUCCUCUGAUCUCCAACCUGAGCCUUCCAUCACUCUUGAAAAGGCAGGAAAUCAGACUGUAUCCACAAUCUGUGACGGAGUUAAUCAUCCAUUCUCUAACCCAGUAGACCAUUUUGAUGACCUUGCUGACACAAAGACCCUCAAAAGCAUUGCAUCAGUCCCAAAUGAAUGUAAAGGCACUGGACCACCAGUUCGUAGUCAAAUGCAACAUUCAACCUCUAAACCCUCAGCUUCUGGAUCAUCCAUGUUGAAAAUGGAAAAAAAUCAAGAAAUUGUUACUGACAACACAACUGAUUUAAAUGGAACACCAAGCUCCCCGAGUCCAUGGGCUGCAUCUGUAGAGAAGAAACAAUGCCAUGUUGAGGUUUUUGACAGCAACAAGGGAACAGAAAUGUUGAAAAAUGAUUCUCCAAAGUGUGACAAGAGGCUUUGUCAAGUGCCUGUAGCAUUAAGAGAAAACCCAGGGGUUAUCAGUAGGAACAAUGGUGGUGAAUUUGACAGGCAGCCAUGCAGGAAAAAGCAGGAGAGUGGAAAGAAGGAGGGAGAGGGGGAGGAGACUAUGAAAGAGAGUAGUUACAGAGGGGAACAGGUUGAGCUGUCAUUCAGUGCCAGGAAUAGAAAAGGGCCUGCAGGCCACAGCCCAGCUCUCUCAAGUCGAGACCCAAAGUCGGGAAUUCCAGCUCGCUGUUAUUUUGAGUCGCACCCAACAACUCUGCAGCAACAGAGUCAUCUCAGAGCUCAGGGCUCACAACAAGAGAACAAGGGUGGUGCCAGGAGGCUCCAGUCAGCUGCCCAGGGUAAAUACAGCAGUGCAGGCUUUCUUCCUUCUGAAUGUACUGGUGAGACCUCCAGCAUGGGAAGUGAAUUUGAUGAAGCAGACAAUGAAGUAAAGUGGUUUACAGAUCUGGCCUUCAGAAGCUUAUCUAGUCCUCAGGUGGAUUAUUUGGAUGUGUACAAUUCAAGCCACAGGUCAUCUACAAAUGUUUCACAGCCAUCGACCAUAGACAGCCCUGGUGCUGUUGCAUGGAUGACCUAUGCAGACUUACGUGGCUCAGCGUUACAUGAAAAUGAUGGUUCGUCUUUUCUACCUCGUGACGGCCUGGACCCAAACAAACGCUUUGAAAUGGGGAGUUUUGAGUGUGUGGACGUUGCAUUAGAGAGCAAGGAAGAGUCCAGUAGAGGAAAGAGGACAGUUCCUAAAAGGCAAAUCCAGCUGUUAAGGCGGAACACGGAUGAAUCAAAACAUAAAGGAAACACUGAAAAUAUUUUGAAUUCACCCUCCAUAUAUAGACGCUCUAAAGACACACUUAUUCGUCAACAUAGCACACCAGCUUCUGUGCAAGAGGAAGUUUCCAAGGAGGUGCCGGAUUCACCACAAAAUGACAGGAAAAAGACCUUGCAAAAGUCUGUGUCUUUAGACGAUGGCUCCCCUAAGACACAAAUGGCGUCUUGCAUUAUCAAGAGCGUGCUGUCAAAGAAAAUGCAGGAUGUGCAGAAAGAGACACCAAAAAGUACAGGCCCAAGUCCAUCUGGAGAUAAAAACAAACAUCCUGAUGUCAGCCCCAGCUGUUUUGAUGGAGUACCAAGUAUCGUGGAAAAACAUAGUUUAAGCUCUAGCCAGCAUUCUGAAUGUACUAUUUCAUCUGAAGAUUUUGCUGUCGGAGAGGAAAGAAUUUCACAUCGUCAAGUGAAGAAGUGUGCUCCAAAGGUUCCUCCAAAACCAUUCUUAAGACCUGCAUUCUUUAACACUGGGGAAGCACAGGUAGCUAGCAACAUUACAAGGCAAGAAACAAAGCCUAUAGUGGCCCCUCCUCAAAUUGGUGACAAAAUACAAAACAGCAAGAGUGAUGGGAAAGAGGGAGGAGGUACCAACCUUGAACCGAAGUACAAUAGUGACUCAGCAAAUGCCAGUAUCAGUAACACAAGUCCUGCUGUUGCUACACCAGCAACAAGCGUGCAGAGCAGAAUGACAAACAGAGACAUAAAAAAGCGCCAGAUGACACCGGAAAACCAGGAACAGCUGGCAGGAAAGAGCGUAUUCAUGUCAAAAACCCCAGAAAUAACUUUGAAACCUUCUUCUAUCAAAGGAAAAAAGACAUCUUCUCUGAAAGUGUCUCUGUCCCCUGACUUGGAACAGUCCAGAAAGACGUCUGAAUCUCAAUCAACGGAGAAAGCUGCAGAAGAUAUAAACACCAAAUCUACUAAAGCUAUAGAAACAGAAGAUGAUGAUGACAGCAACAAAAAAUCUGUUAUACAUAAAGUCAGGGAUGUGAGGAAGUUAGUGAAGAACACAUACAACCUGUCUUUCAAAGCAUCAAAUUCAACCUCUACUGCAGAAGACACAGUCAUUCAAGAGAAAAGAGAGAAGCCGCCACAAACUCCUCCAGCCUUGCAGAUUGAAUGCAAAGCCAUCAGUUGGAAGGACAAACAAACAUCAGGCAGCAAAGCAAUCCACUGUCACAGUGAAAAACAGCCUGUUGACAUAUCAAAAAUAACUCAACCAUUUGUGUGCACAGAGACAAGAAGAGAUCCUGACAUCACUGAAAUAACAUCUAAAGUGUCUUCGCCAAAGACUGAGUCACAACAAAAAGUGCCAUAUUCUCACUCUACAACUAUGGAUGGAUUACCUGAAUCGGAAAGUAUCACUAAGAGAUCUUGUGUUCAUUCUAAUCAGAGUUCUAAGAUGCCCCCUAGACCCCCUAGUAAGGAGCGAGAAGUUUCUGCAUUGGUGGUCCUACCAGAAUGCACAUCCAAGACUGUUGCCCCUACAAUCCUUGACUCUACUCAAACGAAAGCUGCAAGCGGUAGCCACUCUGUUUCCAUGCUACUGAAAGAAAAAGGGAUGCAGGCUGACAUUGGAGUUUGUGAUGUUCUUACCGAAGGUGCAAGUGCUACAGCUAAACAUGUCAACAGGAUUGAGGUACCUGUACAGGCCUGUUUAUCAGAAAGUAAUUCAAGUGAAGCACAAGCAAAAGCAGAAAAUACAUCAUUGCCUUGCAAUCCAACAGCUCUUGUCAACAAUUCGUUAAGAACAUCUCAACCACCUGAGAGUCCCAAGCGAACACUAACAGAAGAAUCUUUAACAAAGGAACAAGAAAACAAGAAAAUAACUGCCACCACAACUAUGACACAAGUUCCAACUUAUUUAGCAACAUCUGGCAAGCCAGAGGUGAGGUCUUUUUCAAGUGGAACAAAGAAUAAUCCCACAACAGUGAAUGCAUCAAAAGAGAUUGAGUUACCCAUACAAGUGAGGUCAAUAUCCACUGAUAGACUGAAGCCAUUUGUACCACCAAAACCCAGCUAUAAACAGUCAUUUGCAGAAAUUAAGUCAGUGCCAAGUGACCCAUCAAAAGCAGAUACUCAAGCAUUAUCUGUUACUAAACAGCAAACCAUGUUAAGUAGUGAAUUAAAGAAAAAUGAAACACCAACAGUGAUACACAAAGAUCAACCAAACGAGACUUCAUCAAGAGAAACAAAAAGACUGGCUGUGUCAGCCGUAUCAAGCUACAAACCGCCAUCCAUCCCAGUCACGACAACUCCAAGUGUUGUGCAAAAAUCCACCACAAAGACACUGACCACUCUGGAUCAAGAGCAGUCUUCUGCUUUCUUGCAAACAACCAGCACUUGCCAGCAGCAGACCCCAUCAUUCAGCCAAGACCAGUCAAUGCUAGAAAGUUCUUCUGCUUUUAACACAUCAGGACCACAAACCUUUGGCCACACACCAUCUAUGACAAGAGCAUCAUCUAAUAAUCGUUUUCACACAGAUGACUAUCUCUUCUACGCUUCAGAUGAUCCUCCUAGCUAUGACGAGCGAGAGAGUUUCAGCCCGCUACGACUCUCAGACUUACCCCCACAUAGGUCAUGCAGGUUUCAUCCAACCACCAAGCAAUCUUGCUCCUGCACACCAAGUUCUCAUUCACACCCAGGACAUCCUCACCAGAGUCCCCAGGAACGGGUACCAGCUGCCUCUCGGUCUCCAGGCCAAGUUCUUUCUUGUCCCGGAGCUCCUCCGCAAGCUCAAGUUCGUCCUCAUCAGUGCAGACCAGAUGGUCUACCAGUCUCUAAUACCACAGUACCCCACGCCUCAGCUUUGAUUCAGCCUCUACACAACCCUCGAGCUUGCCCUGCUUCAAGCUCACAAUCCUAUGGUGAUGAUCAACCACCAAAUUCUGGGUUGCACACGGAUAGACGCCCAGCCAAUCACCCUUCACCUCAAGCAGCAGGUCCUGCUCCCUAUCAUGAGUAUGCUCAUUCAGCUCUGGAUCCCAGGCCUCAGUUGUUUAAUCCCCAAGACUUGCCACCAUCUUUUAGCCAUGAUUAUGCAAAUGAAGGUCCAGGUGGAGCUGGUGUAUUGUAUCCAGAAAAUGCAAGUGGGAUCAGCUGUGGCCAAGGUCCUCGUCGUGUCCUUCUCGAUCCUGAGACUGGUAAAUACUUCUACAUUGAGGUACCAAUGCAACCACUCAGAAAAAUGCUAUUCGAUCCUGAAUUGGGCCAGUAUGUGGAAGUUCUCAUACCGCAGCAGGCAAUGUCCCAUUCUGGGCUGUAUCCACCAGCUGCACCACCCUACUCCUCUUUACACAAUCCUGGGUUGUACGCACCACAGUACCUGCCUUAUGCAGUGCCAUCUUACCCAGCGAUCUCAGGUAGUGCCCAGCAAGUUCGCCAUGCGGAGCCACCUCCCGUCCCCACGACACUUCACCAGACUUCCUUAAGGUAUGGAAGCCCUGCAAGCCAGAUGCCAAAAAAUGAACCAAAAAGUCAUUCAUCCCUGGAUCAAAGCUAUCUAGAGAGCAUGUAUUACAUCCCAACUGGAAUGAACGCAAGCCCAAAUUCAACCCCUUCAGACUGCUACCACAAGCCAUCAAGCAUGCCUCCUUCAGGUGGAAGAAGAGCGUGAACAGCAGUGGAUACAGGUGGUCUGUUUACAUUUAAAAUCCAUUCUGGUCAGCAGCAUUUUAAAUGUCUAGUCAAGAGUUGUAGUUUCUCAGUUAUAGAAUGAAGAUUGAAACAAUAGCUUCUGCUCAUUUCAUUUAAACAUUUAAACAUGUGAAAGACAACAUUCAAAAAGACCGAAAAAAGCUUUGCUUUCCUUUUCUGUUUUUCUGACAUAUGACAUAUCAUGGCUGUCAUUGUCUGAUAUAUAUUUGUACAAGUUCUUAACUUUCCUGGUAUAGUCCAAGCUUGUGCAAUGGUAGGCCUUAUCUUGCAAUAACACUUAUAUGUUUCUGAAAUGAUUUAUUUUACUGCAAUAAUGUGUUGCUGUUUUCACUUCUAAGUGACAUUUAUCAAAUAUAUAAUAUGAUGUAAUUGUGCAACGCCAUUGAUGUGCACUGGGACGUGCAAGAAGAUGCUGUACAUUGGGUAAACGAAAAGAAUGUGGAUGAACAAGAUCCACCAUGGGUAUUAAAAUCACAAACAUGUUUUCUAUCAUCAUAAGAUUGCCAUUUGCUAUUUUUUACACAUAGAUACACCCCAUUAAAGAUAACUGUCUACAAAAUACAAGUCUCAGUGUUUUUUUUUUUUCUUUAUCAAACAUUAGCUCCAACAUGACUUCUUUCAGCAGCCGUAAAGCUAAAAACUGUACCUUCUGUAAUUACUGCUAU